CGCGCGCGCACAUAUAUAAACCUCGCAACGGCGCCACACUGAGCAGCCGUCGACGCCGUCUCCGGCCUCCAAAAUUCGCCGGCCGUAUAGUAGUAUCAGCCAUCAGAGACUUCGAUCUUCUCAGCCAUGUGGCCGUGGGUCGCCGUGCUGUUCAUCAGCGCAGCGGCGGCGUGCGCGUGCUACUGGGCGCGGGCGGCGGCGGAGGCGCUGUGGCUGCGGCCGCGGCGGCUUGAGCGGCACUUUGCUCGGCAGGGCGUGAAAGGGCCCGGGUACAGCUUCUUCGUGGGGAGCUCCGUGGAGCUGGUGAGGCUCAUGCUGGACGCCGCUUCCCGGCCCAUGGCGCCGCAGGAUUCUCACCAUGUUGUGCCCAGAGUGCUCCCCUUCUACCACCGCUGGCGCCAACUCUACGGUCCUAAGCAUCUGAUCUGGUUCGGGACCAAGGCGCGGCUGACGAUCAGCGAGCCAGAGCUGAUCCGGGAGGUGCUGGUGACCCGCGCCGAGCACUUCGACCGGUAUGAGGCGCACCCGCUCAUCUGCCAGUUCGAGGGCUACGGCCUCAGCAACCUCCAUGGCGACCCCUGGGCGCGCCACCGCCGCGUGCUCGCCCCCGCCUUCCACUCCGAGAACCUCAAGCCGCUCGUCCCCUUCGUCGCCGACACCGUCCGCCGCAUGCUUGACAAGCUCGCGGACUGCGCCGACGCCAAUGGCGGCGAGACAGAGGUUGACGUGGCGGAGUGGUUCCCGCGGGUGCCGCAGGAGGCGAUCACGUAUGCGACGUUUGGGGGGUCUCGGCGCCGGGGGAAGAGCUACGACGACGGGCGGGCCGUAUUCCGGCUCCAGGACGAGCUCGCCGGCUUGGCUGCCGAUGCGCACAGCAAGGUGUACAUCCCGGGGUACCGGUUCCUGCCGUUCAGGAGGAACCUGAGGGUGUGGCACCUCGUCAGGGAGAUCAGGAGGAGCCUGGCGAGCUUCGUCACCGACCUGCAGAAGAAGGAUGAUAAGGCUGACGAAGAUGGCGGCGCCGGCGGGAUGAGGGACUUGAUGAGCUUCAUGGCACCGGCGAUGACGGCGGACGAGAUCAUCGAAGAGUGCAAGAACUUCUUCUUCGCCGGCAAGGAGACGCUGUCCAGCCUCCUCACCUGGGCCACCGUGGCACUCGCGAUGCACCCGGAGUGGCAGGACCGGGCGCGCCAGGAGGUCCUCGACGUCGUCGGCCCCCAUGGCCAUGGCCUCCCCACCAAGGACCACCUCCCCAGGCUCAAAACGGUGGGGAUGAUCGUGAGCGAGACACUAAGGCUGUACCCGCCGGCGGUGGCGAUGAUCCGGACGGCGAAGCGCGACGUGGAGCUUGGCGGGUGCGUGGUGCCGGCAGGCACGGAGCUGCUGAUCCCCAUCCUGGCCGUGCACCACGAUCAGGCGCUCUGGGGCGCCGAUGCCACCGAGUUCAACCCGGCACGCUUCGGCGAUGACCAGCCACGGCGGCAGCACCAGAUGGCGUUCAUGCCGUUCGGGGGCGGCGCGCGGAUCUGCAUCGGGCAGAACCUGGCGCUCAUGGAGGCCAAGGUGGCCCUCGCCGUCGUGCUGCAGCGGUUCGCGUUCCGGCUGUCGCCGGCGUACGUGCACGCGCCCAGGGUGCUCAUGAUCCUCAACCCGCAGCACGGCGCGCCGGUGAUCUUCCGGCCGUUGUGACCAGCAAUGCCGCCUCCAGUAAUAUAUCCCACAACUCAGCUCGGCGAAAGCUGUGGGCAAAAAUGUGUUAGUUGAUCGGAUUCAAUUAAUUCCUUCCUGUAAAUUAUCAUCUCUAGUGUCAACAGAAAAUGUAUAGAAGUGUAUACCAUACGUCACGAGUGCCAAGUUGCAAAGAACAACAGGAGUGUCCAUCUUCUGUAGCUGUUAGUAAUUGUCAGCUUCCCACGGUUCCUCAGA